AUGUCGACUCCAACUUCUCCUUCCAGCGCUCUUGCACCUUCCGCGAAAUUUCUCUCGGUGCAAGGCGGUACCCUCUGUGAAUUUUGUCGCGAUGGCAAGCCGAUCCAGCCAAUCCGCACCAGAGCUCUCUCAGAACUCACCAAAUCCUCGCGUUACUGCGGACUUUGUGCAAUGUGGCUUGGGGCCCUUGAGUAUUCUCGUCAAAUCCUGAGAGUUCGAAGCCAAGAUACCGUACUGAGACAGCAUCCAUUAGAGCAAAACGUCGGUGAUGUGACGCUUGUGUUUCUGAGUUCUCCAAAACGGCCACCAAUUGUUUGGCCGGACGUCGGACAUGUUUGGGCGGCUCUCGAUACGAUCGAUAUCAAUGACGGGAAAGAUAUCAGCAUAAAGCCGUUGCCUGGAUCCGAUCAGGCUGAGACUACUUGGAAAUCGGUCAGAGAAUGGCUUGAUAGAUGUGAAAAACAUCAUACAGAUUGCAAACUUAAGAAGACAUCCACCUGGAAGCCAACUCGACUGCUCUACAUCUGUAACACAACGGCUGCGCUUCAAGUCCGCCUUGUCGAGGGCCAGGAUAUAUCCGACGAUGUUGAGUACCUGACCCUGAGCCAUUGCCCGGGUGCAGGAAACACUCUUCAGCUUACUCGCAGCAACAUCAAAGCUUUUAAAUCCUCAAUUCCUGUCCAUGAGCUCUCCCGCGUCUUCAUGGAUGCCUGUAACACCACUAAAAGGCUGAGUCAUGAAUAUCUCUGGAUUGGCGCACUCUGUAUAGCCCAAGACGACCCUGCAGAUUGGCAACAUGAGGUCGGUCGUAUGGCUUCCAUCUAUGGGAACUCGUGGCUCAACCUCUCGGCUGACGGAGAUGAGGCUGUACACGGGCUAUUCUGCCCUUCCGACAAACGAGCCGCCCGCCCAUGGUACCCAGUAUACAUACAUCGUGAAUGGGGCGAUGGGUUCCCCAGUAAUUAUUGCAUAUCCGAGUUUCAUAACUGGUGGGAGCGCAUCUCAGACUCAGAGUUAAAUCGAGGAGCUUGGGCUCUCCAGGAGCGUGUUCUAGCGCCAAGGGUACUGCAUCUGGGGCUUGAACAAGUUGCUUUCCAGUGUUGCUCGGACGCAGUGUGCGAACGACUGCCAUAUGGUGACCCGACGAUAAGGCAUGACACUGCCGUAUUGACUUCACUGAAACGGUUUGUUCUCAACGCACGAAACGGAAAUCUGUCUCAUCUGACUCCUGAGAAUGUUUUUCGGAACUGGAAUCAAGUAGUUCGAGCCUACUCCCAGGGACAGCUCACGGUUGCGGCUGAUAGGCUUGUUGCGCUGUCAGGCCUUAUUGAUGUGCUCUACCCCGUCUUUCAACAUAUUGUGAAGUCUGUAGAUCAAGUCGAAGAUGGCCGUGAGAAAUAUGGUACACAGGAUCGGGUAGAUUCAUCCUGCCCUAGAUAUCCAGGGCUCUUUCUCGCUGGUCUAUGGCGGCCAUAUGUCGAGAGGCAGUUGGUAUGGCGAGCAAUAUCACGCAAAUAUUUAUUCGAAUAUGAUGGAAACACUCCUUCAGCACCUGGGAAACGCUACGACGAUUACAUUGCUCCAACAUGGUCCUGGUGUUCGAUCAAGGAUGCCAUCAUCGAACCACAGGAAGUGAGGUCAGUGGAUAUUUACUUCACCAAAGUCAUCGAUACAAGUAUUCUCCCUCUGAAUCAAGCAAUACCUUCUAGUUGGUUUGAGACACUGCGCCUCCACUGGCACAUUUCUCCGUCUGCGGUGUUCUUACCCACCUAUCGUCGAAUUGGGGCCCGUGAGCGACAUGAAACUUGUGGACUUUGGAGCCGCGACUAG